GCACCGCCAUUUGGGUCCUCUUUGAUCUCUUUGUUUAUAAAAUUGCGAAACAGUCCUUUCACAUCUUGUGCUAGGUCAGAUACGAAAGGUAGGAGUGGCACGUGGUGCAUGGCGAAUCUAGCUAUAUCGAGGAAGAGGGAAAACAUCAUUCCCAAUAAUGGCUGAGGAGGAGGCGUUUGUGUCAUUGGCAGUAAACGACACCUAUGCCACCACAGCCCUGGUCCUUGGCGAUUCAUUGAGAGACACCAACACUAGCAGGAAAUUGGCCUUGCUUAUCUCAAACAAUGUGUCACAGGUCAUGAGAAACAGGCUCACCCAAGUAUGGGAUGACGUCAUUUUGGUAGACGAGCUUCAGCCAGGAUAUGUUGCAACUCCAAGCGUUGUCGAUAGACCAGAAUUAGGAUUAGCAUUCUUUAAGCUGAAAAUAUGGACCUUAACACAGUACAGGAAAUGUGUCUUCAUUGAUGCAGAUAAUCUGGUUCUUCAAAAUAUUGAUGAGCUUUUCAAAAGAGACGAAAUGUCUGCUGCUCCAGAUAUAGGUUGGCCAGACUGCUUCAACAGUGGAGUGUUCGUCUUUGUCCCUUCCUUUGACACGUACCAGGCACUUGUUAGAUUUGCAGAUGAGCAUGGAAGCUUUGAUGGAACUGACCAGGGUCUGCUGAACAUGUAUUUCAAAGAAUGGUCGAAAACGCUGACAAGUCAUUUGCCUUACAUAUACAAUAUGGUCGCUAGCACCUGUUACACAUAUGCUCCAGCUAUCAACCACUAUGGAAAAAGCGUCAAAGUAGUGCGUUACGCCGGCUCUUCAAAGCCAUGGGCGCAAGGCUACGAUUACAAUAAGUCUCACGCUUAUAGACUGUCCUCGUCACCAGCAGAUGAAUUCCAGCAAAACUUCCACAAGUUGUGGUGGGACAGAUAUUACAAGUUGCAUCCGGAUGUUCCAUUUCAACAAGAGCAGUCAUCGGAUCAGCAUGUAUGUCACGAAAGACGGAGUGAGUCGCCAGCGUUUCAUGAAGAUCCUAAAGAGGAAACCGUAUCGGAACAGCAAAAGGCCUGGGAGCGAGGUGAAAUUGAUUUCACAAGGAAGGAUCGCUUUGACGUCAUCCAGCAUUACAUCGACAAUGUAAUUGAGGGUGUACCAAACGUUAAGCCCCCCAAUGUUGACCAUGAUGAUUAUCAGGGAAACUAUGGUGAGCCUGGUCACAAUGAAAAAGAACAAAAUUUUGCUAAUGAUCAAGAAAACGACAUCAAAUCUCCACAAGACAAUCACAUGUCACUAGCAUUUCAUUUAAACUACCAUUCUGCUGAAUACACAGCUCCCUGUGAUUUUUUUCCACCUUCCGAAUAUGAGGUACAAACAGUAAACAGAUGGUCAAACCAUACUGACACUGAAACUUCAAAUCAUACGCCUAAUGUCCAAGAAGAAGUGAAGAAGGAAGAGACAGUUGAGGAAGUAGAGUUAGAUCCUGAGCAGGCAGCUCGUCUACGAUGGGAGCUUGGCAACAUUGAUUUCACAGGGGAAGACAGCUUUAAUAACAUUGAAUUGUAUCUCAAUUCACUCCUCCAAAAAAUGGAAAAGUCUUUGAAUACAGUAGAUGGCAGUUCAAAUGAAUCAAGGAUAGCUGACAAUGAAAAACUAUCGAAUGUAUAUAGGGAUCCAGUUAGUCCGGAGUAUUCAAGGGCUAGUGGGGAAACAUCCCCUGUGCUGUCACUGACGGAUUCGGCCUACUCUGAAUUAGUUGCACAGAAACCGGAGAAAAUUUCAAGAGCCACGCAGACAAGCUAUGCCUGUAUUUCCAAGGCAGUGCAAACAGAAAUACAGGUUGAAUUAGAUGAUGCUGCUGAAAUUUCCAAUUGACAAUGGCUAGUUAAAUCUGUUUUGUUUGCAGUGUUCAUCACUGUUCGCUUUAGAAUUAGAAAAUAUUUCUCUAAAGAAUUAUCUAGUUUACCAAUUUUACUUAAAUCCAAAGGGUGAGAUAUUUUCCUUACGAUAGCUGCCAUUUCGACAAAUAGAUAAAAGCAAUGGUCCAGUUGGAUCAUAGCUCAAUUUCUUCUAGGAAUCAUAGAGAUAAUAUGUUUGUAUUUUUAUGUGGUCCUCGACUGUACCCAUUGUGGUCACAAAUAGAUAUAGGAAUAAACCCUUUCAGUGUUUCUAUCUAAUUUAGUGUGUUCAUAAAUGCUAAAACUCGAGGAAAACUUUUCCUGUUGUUGGAAAUGAUCACAUGAAUAUUUCAAAAUUAAGAAAGAUCUCUUUGUAGACUUUUCUAUAAAAUAAAGUUUGUCCAUAUAACGUAUAGCAAAUUUGUACAAUAUUCAUUCAAAAACUGUAACACUUAACUAGGAUUAGUACACUUCCAAUGAAUGUCAAAUGAAAAAACGAUGGCAAGAUAAACAACUCUAUGACCAUCACAAUCAUCAUCAUAAUCAUGAAUCAUCACCAAUCAUCGCGGGUAUCAUAAAAGAAUCCAUUCACAAAAGAGCAUCAUAAAAGAAUGAUUGUGAAUGAUGCUUACAACAGGAGCCGUUAUAUGAACCAUCAAAUUUAUUGGUAUGGUAGCAGGGUUUCAAGCCGUCGUUUUUUCUUUGAUUUUAUGUAAGAUAGUCAUCGCAGAAUUUAGUCAUUAUUUAUUAAUUGCUCCUCAAUCAAAAAAGAAAUGUUCUUAAGUUCUAUUUAAGAGAACAUUAAAUUUAUGUUUGCAACCAUAAUUACAUAUUCAUCUCAUCAGAUAUUGGUGUUCUCAAUCAUAAUUAGUCUUUAAACUGAAAGUAACCACCAGAACUCUGUAAUUAAUUUUUUAUGGUAGAUGCAGCAAGGCUUAAAGUUCUUGUAAACAUUUAGGGCACGCUUCGCAGAAAACUUUGCUUGUGCAUAUAUUUGUGCUUAAAGUCCUUUAUAUAUAUAAAUGUUUUUCAUUAGAUGCUAGUCAAUUUUUGCUACAAUGAAAUAUGACGUAGAAAUUGCCACUUGUUUUCUUCGUUGGUCAGUUGUCAGACUUUCAGUAUAAUUUGAAUGUCACUCCAGGAACAAUUUUUUGAUAUGUGCUGUAUCUGUCAAGCCAGUUUAUAGCAUUUUAAAUUUUCCAUCUUUUGUUGCUCACAUAACUGCAGAAUGUAUCUUUCCUUUUUGCAUUCAAGUUGUUAACAAAAUGUAAAAAUAUCACAAAACUAACUUUUGAGUCCUUAUCAGGAAUAUGCUGAGCUUGAAUUAUGAAUCGGCACUGAUUUGUUUUAUUUGCAGAGUCGACAGAUUAUCUCUAGUAUUUUUGUUUUCAAAUCAUUUCUUUAAUUAAAGCAAUUAUUCAACAUAUGCUUGGCAUUUCAUAAUGACGUAAGUUUGAAACAUGAAGUAAGAGCAGUUAUCUUUGUCUUUGUCUCAGUUGAGAACAUUGUCAUAUUGCAAAUUUUUCCCUUUAAGUGCCUGGUUGUCUGACUCAAACCCUUGACAGGAAAUAUGUUGAAUUUGAAAAACCCUUUAAAGAAAAUAUGUCAAUGAGAGCAUUUUUAUGCAAUUAUUGCAAUCAACCAGUUGAUAAUGUUCAGUUGAAACUCAGCCAAGACUCGCAACCAUACUACUUUAAAAACGUCAAGAAACUUAUAACUUCGUGCUUGAGAAUAAAACCAGGCAUAAAUGAAUCGUCAAGCAGCGAUAAAGGAGUGCACACAAAUCAUAA